AUGGCAGGCAGGCCCCCCGGAGGCCAUUCUACCUCGAACAACGAUGACCUUCUCCUUGACCUCGAUGACAAUGGCUCAGGCCCCGUAUAUACCUCCGGACAGCGCGCGCCUGUCAACGACGACGACCUUCUGCGCCGGUACGACAUAAAGGAUUCAGACGCACCACAAGCGCGCCCAUCUGUCAGCUACGAUGACUUCGUGGGGGGCUCAAGUCAGUCGACGUCAGGUCUGCCUGGUGGACCCGGUGCGCCACCAGCGGGCGACUCACGGCCGCCGUUUCUCCAAACUGGGGGCAGAAUGUAUUCGCAGACGUCGGACCUACAAAACUACCGGAGGUACUCAGACUAUGACGGCGCAAUGGAUGAUGACCAUUCGAUGCAAGGCUACUACGCCGGAGGAGGGGCGGACGAUGCGUCUACCGCCCCGGCCGUCAUACGCGGACAGAGCAAGCCAGCCAACAGAAACAGCAUACUGAGUCUGGGAGGCGGCAUGUUGGGCAAGGCGAAAAAUAUGCUUGGAAUGGGCCCCCAGUACUCUGAGAUGGACCUCCCGCUGACGAAGACUGGCGCACAAGGCUCGCGGGCGGAUAGCGGAGGGCUUGAAGAGCGGGCGAAGGCGCCACCUAAGAAGUUCGAUGCUGGCAAAUUCAAGUUCGGCUUUGGAAGAGGAGCACCGGAUCCCUCUAAACUAGGGCCACGCAUAAUACACUUGAACAAUCCCCCCGCGAACGCGUCCAACAAGUAUGUCAACAAUCAUGUGUCGACUGCGAAAUACAACGUUGCCAGCUUCCUCCCAAAAUUCCUCUUUGAGCAGUUCUCCAGAUACGCCAAUCUUUUUUUCUUGUUCACCGCCAUCUUACAGCAGAUACCCAACAUAUCACCUACGAACCGAUAUACCACAAUCGUUCCUCUAAUCAUCGUUUUGCUCGUCUCCGCCAUCAAGGAGCUUGUUGAAGAUUGGCGGCGGAAGACCCAAGACAAGUCACUCAACAACUCUAAGGCGCGUGUCUUGAAGGGCUCGAGCUUCCAGGAUGUUCGAUGGGUCAACGUCGCUGUAGGAGACAUUGUCCGAGUGGAGUCAGAAGAACCAUUCCCCGCAGAUCUAGUCCUUCUAGCAUCUUCAGAGCCAGAAGGGCUGUGCUAUAUCGAGACAGCGAAUCUUGACGGAGAGACCAAUCUCAAGAUCAAGCAGGCGAUACCGGAAACCGCGGACUUGGUCAGUCCGGCGGAGCUGAGCCGACUUGGUGGCAGGCUACGAUCAGAGCAGCCCAACAGCAGUCUGUACACGUAUGAGGCCACUCUCACUAUUGCGGCCGGCGGAGGUGAAAAGGAGCUUCCGCUCCAGCCUGACCAGCUUCUGCUUCGUGGAGCUACGCUAAGGAACACGCCUUGGAUACAUGGAGUAGUCGUGUUCACAGGCCACGAAACGAAGCUGAUGCGGAAUGCGACCGCAACGCCAAUCAAGAAGACUGCAGUUGAGAGAAUGGUCAAUUACCAGAUCCUUAUGCUUGGUGCAAUCCUGAUCUCACUCAGCUUGAUCAGUUCGAUCGGCGAUGUCAUUGUCAGAGCAACGGCAAGCUCGAAACUGGCAUAUCUUGAGUAUGACGACUACAAUGCAGCACGGCAGUUCUUCUCUGAUAUCUUCACCUAUUGGGUCCUCUACUCGAAUCUUGUCCCAAUUUCACUUUUCGUCACUAUCGAAAUCGUCAAGUACUACCAAGCCUACCUGAUUGACUCAGAUCUCGACAUCUACUACGACAAGACAGACACGCCGGCCAAUUGCCGAACAUCGUCCCUGGUCGAAGAGCUGGGACAGAUCGAGUACAUCUUUUCGGACAAGACCGGCACGUUGACAUGCAACCAGAUGGAGUUCAGGCAAUGCUCGAUCGGGGGCAUUCAAUACGCCGACGAGGUUCCGGAAGACCGACGGGCAACAAUGCAGGAUGGUGUCGAGAUUGGUAUCCAUGACUUCAAGAGGCUCGCCGAGAACGGGAAGAAUCACAGGACGAGCGACACGAUACACCACUUCCUUGCUCUGCUAGCGACGUGCCACACCGUCAUACCCGAGAAGAACGACGAAAAGCCGGGCUCAAUUAAGUACCAGGCCGCCUCACCCGAUGAAGGGGCCCUCGUAGAAGGAGCAGUCUUGCUUGGAUACCGCUUCGUUGCGCGUAAGCCGCGGUUGGUGACCAUCACCGUCGAAGGGCGGGAGUAUGAGUACGAGUUGCUAGCUGUGUGCGAGUUCAACUCGACAAGGAAGCGAAUGUCCACCAUAUUUCGCUGCCCGGACGGGAAGAUCAGGUGUUACUGCAAAGGCGCCGACACUGUCAUCCUAGAGCGGAUGAGCAAGAACAACCCCAUCGUAGAAGUCACAUUACAGCACUUGGAAGAGUACGCCGCGGAAGGUCUGCGUACGCUUUGUCUUGCGAUGCGCGAAGUCCCUGAGCACGAGUUUCAGGAGUGGUGGAAGGUCUUUAACACUGCGCAGACGACUGUCAGCGGGAAUCGUGCCGAGGAGCUUGACAAAGCUGCUGAGAUCAUUGAGCAUGACUUCACCUUACUUGGAGCUACGGCCAUUGAAGACAAGCUGCAGGAUGGUGUUCCAGAUACCAUACAUACGCUACAGACAGCAGGUAUCAAGAUCUGGGUCUUGACAGGUGAUCGGCAGGAGACGGCCAUCAACAUCGGCAUGAGCUGCAAGUUGAUCAGCGAGGAUAUGACACUACUGAUGGUCAACGAGGAGAACGCAGAAGGCACGCGAGACAACUUAUCCAAGAAGCUUAACGCUAUACGAAGCCAAUCGGCCGGCGGCAUCGAGAUGGAAACGCUGGCCCUUGUCAUCGACGGCAAGUCCUUAACUUUCGCGCUGGAACGGGAUAUGGAGAAGAUGUUCCUUGACCUAGCUGUAAUGUGCAAAGCUGUGAUCUGCUGCCGAGUAUCUCCUCUGCAAAAAGCGCUCGUCGUCAAACUAGUCAAACGCCACCUCAAAGCCAUCCUCCUCGCCGUCGGCGACGGCGCAAACGACGUCUCCAUGAUCCAAGCCGCCCACGUCGGCGUCGGCAUCUCCGGCGUCGAGGGUCUCCAAGCCGCUCGCUCCGCCGACGUCGCCAUCGGCCAAUUCCGCUACCUGCGCAAGCUGCUCCUCGUGCACGGCUCGUGGUCCUAUCAGCGCGUCUCAAAAGUAAUCCUCUACUCCUUCUAUAAAAACAUUGCGCUCUUCAUGACGCAAUUCUGGUUCUCGUUCCAAAACUCCUUUUCCGGACAGGUGAUUUACGAGUCGUGGACGCUGAGUUUCUACAACGUAUUUUUCACGGUGCUGCCGCCAUUUGUGCUGGGUAUCUUCGACCAGUUUGUCUCGGCACGCUUGCUGGAUCGGUAUCCGCAGCUGUACCAGCUCAGCCAGAAGGGCGUGUUUUUCAAGAUGCAUAGCUUUUUCUCGUGGAUCGCGAAUGGGUUUUAUCACUCUCUGAUCUUGUACUUCGUCUCUCAGGCUAUCUGGCUGUGGGACCUGCCGCAGGGCGACGGCAAGGUCGCGGGACAUUGGGUUUGGGGCACGGCGCUGUAUACCGCUGCGCUGGCCACGGUGCUCGGCAAGGCAGCUCUCAUCACGAAUAUCUGGACGAAAUACACUGUCGCGGCGAUUCCGGGCAGCAUGAUCAUCUGGAUGGUGUUCCUGCCGAUCUAUGCAAUUGUGGCGCCGAAGACCGGGACCAGCACGGAGUAUGUGGGCGUCAUUGGGAGGCUGUUCACGAGUCCGGUAUUCUGGCUCAUGGGGCUAGUAUUGCCGGUGCUGUGCUUGUUGAGGGAUUUUGCGUGGAAGUAUGCGAAACGCAUGUACUACCCGCAAGCCUACCACCACAUACAGGAGAUCCAGAAGUACAACAUCCAGGAUUAUCGGCCACGGAUGGAACAAUUCCAAAAAGCAAUCCGCAAAGUGCGCCAAGUACAGCGCAUGCGCAAGCAGCGCGGCUACGCCUUCUCCCAGACGGACGAGAGCCAGGCGCGUGUGCUGCAGGUGUACGACACCACGCGGGAGAGGGGGCGGUAUGGCGAGAUGGCGAGUUCGAGGACAUGA